AUGCAACGUGAGCAGCUCUGUGUCGUGGGAGAUCUGCUCGAGUUGCACGAGCGACGGCCUGGACUGCAGGAUCAUGGUCUCCAGCUCCUCGAACGCCGUCCAGGACAGCUCGGUGCGCUCCAGCUGCAGCUUCAUGAUCUCGUCCCCCACCGAAGGGUCCCCACUCAACUCCAGACACCAGAUCUUGGUCUUGAAGUCGUUCAGCUCCUUCUUCUUGCACAGGAUCUCGCCCAGGAUGAGGAAGAUCUCCGGGGCCGAGCCUUGGAACGGAUCGAUGCCGUACUCGUCCAUCUCCAGCAGCUUUUGGCGCUGGAAAAUCUCCUUGUAGGUAUCCAUCUCGACGUGGGUGCCGAUCACGGCCGUUCUGAUGGUGUUGAUGUCGUGGAAAAAGAAGUACGACACUAUCCACCGGGCCUCUUUAAGAUGCUUGUUGUCCUUGAUGAACUUGAGCACCCCACCAUACUCGGUGAAAACGUCCUUAAAUUGCAGAAACAUGUGGUACCAGAACUUGAUGUCGCCCGUGGAGAUCUGGGACCCCAUCAGCACGAUGAAACACGUUGCCAGCGAGAGGUAGUCCUGGAUAGUCCGUUCUGUGAGAGCUUUCUGUCUUUUCUUCUUGGUGAGACUGGUGCACCGGGCAAGGUACCGGCGUGCGAUAUCGUUAUCGUGGCCAACCAGAAACAUUCCUCCCCACGCAACAACGCCGUUCAGGAUCGCGUCAUCGUGCGCAGCCAUUUGGAUGAUGAACUUGGACCACGGGUUCACUUUCUUGGGGCACGCAGUUAA